AGGUGGAUGUCAUGCUCGGGGCAGUCCGUUUCCGCGAAAUCCAGCCCGGGAUUUGACUCCACCUCCAGCCAAGCUGCUUCCCAGUGACAGAAGAGUUGGGACGGAGACUCGCAGUGGGAAGAGAGGCAGGGCGCAGGGAGAUCGGGAGAGAAACGGAGAGAGGCUGCUGUGAAGUCCUCCCCAAACACGCACUUCAAUGACCAGGCGAGCUGGGGCGAAGCGCACUCUCCUGCCGGGGCACAAGCAGCUCUGCCUGCAGACGAGGAGUUCCCCCGAAGACGCCUCGCCCGUCGGGAGCACUUUUUCGGAGGGCCAGCGCAAGACCCUGAAAGGACUUCUCCUCUCCCACGAUCCGUCGGAAGGGGACUUACUGGAGUGGCAGCGCGAGUGGCAUCGGGAAGAGGAAUAACCGGAGCUCUUUGAUUUGCCCCCUCCCCACACCCAACCCUUUCCCCCUUUGCCCCCCACCCUCCGUGGAGAUGGACACAUCGCGUCCCCCAAAGUCGAAAUAUUGAAUCUUUUCCCCCCACCCACCCAAAACCUCCACACGCCGCCGCCGCCGCCCCACGCGCGCACACACAUACACACGCCCCGCUCCCCCUAGGACGCACGCCGGUAAUAAUGACAAAGGAUUGCAAAGGCGAGAGUGGAUCGAGUUUCGCGGAGCGAUCCCCUUAAAUGGAUUACUAAAUGGGACACUCCAUCAGCUAGUCCUGUCCUCGUAAGCCUCCCAGAUACAUGCACCGACGAGGGUGAAUUGAAGAUAUAGUCUCCCAGCUGAACUACUAUGAGGUCAGAAGCCUUGCUGCUAUAUUUCACACUGCUACACUUUGCUGGGGCUGAUUUCCCAGAAGAUCCUGAACCAAUCAGUAUUUCGCAUGGCAACUAUACAAAACAGUAUCCGGUGUUUGUGGGUCACAAGCCAGGACAUAACGCCCCACAGAGGCACAAACUGGACGUCCAGCUGCUCAUGAUAAUGGACAGAACCCUCUACAUUGCUGCUAGGGACCAUAUUUAUACUGUUGAUAUGGAUGCAUCACAUACAGAAGAAAUUUAUUUUAGCAAAAAAUUGACAUGGAAAUCCAGGCAGCUCGAUGUAGACACAUGCAGAAUGAAGGGGAAACAUAAGGAUGAAUGUCAUAAUUUUAUUAAGGUUCUUCUAAAAAGAGAUGACGAUUCAUUAUUUAUCUGUGGGACAAAUGCCUUCAGUCCCUCUUGCAGAAAUUAUAAGACGGAUACUUUGGAGUUUCUGGGAGAUGAAUUCAGUGGAAUGGCCAGGUGUCCUUAUGAUGCAAAGCAUGCCAACGUUGCAUUGUUUGCAGAGGGAAAACUGUAUUCCGCCACUGUGACAGACUUCCUUGCAAUAGAUGCGGUCAUUUACCGGAGCCUUGGAGACAGCCCAACACUGCGGACAGUCAAACAUGAUUCAAAAUGGUUAAAAGAGCCUUACUUUGUCCAUGCAGUGGAUUAUGGCAACUAUAUCUACUUCUUCUUUCGAGAAAUAGCUGUGGAGUACCACAGCAUGGGGAAGGUGGUUUUCCCCAGAGUAGCUCGUGUGUGCAAGAAUGACAUGGGUGGAUCCCAACGAGUACUAGAAAAACAGUGGACUUCCUUCCUGAAGGCACGGCUCAACUGCUCUGUUCCUGGCGAUUCACACUUCUAUUUCAACAUACUGCAGGCAGUUACAGAUGUUAUCCAUAUCAAUGGUCGCAAUAUUGUCUUGGCGACCUUCUCCACCCCUUACAACAGCAUCCCUGGCUCUGCUGUCUGCGCUUACGAUAUUCUUGACAUUGCCAAUGUAUUUACUGGGAGAUUCAAAGAACAGAAGUCUCCAGAUUCAAUAUGGACACCAGUUCCUGAUGAGCGAGUUCCCAAGCCCAGGCCAGGUUCUUGUGCUGGCUCAACAUCGCUUGAAAAGUACAUGUCUUCGAAUGAAUUUCCAGAUGACACUCUGAACUUCAUCAAAACACAUUCUCUCAUGGAUGAAGCUGUUCCAUCCAUUGUCAACAAGCCAUGGUUUCUGCGGACGAUGGUCAGAUACCGCCUGACCAAAAUUGCUGUAGAUAAUGCUGCUGGGCCAAAUCGGAAUCACACUGUGGUUUUCCUUGGAUCAGAGAAGGGAAUCAUUUUGAAGUUCUUGGUCAGGACAGGAAACAGCGGGUUUUUAAAUGACAGUCUUUUCCUGGAGGAGAUGAGCAUUUACAAUUCUGAAAAGUGCAGCUACGACGGGGUGGAAGACAAGAGAAUUAUAGGGAUGCAGCUGGAUAAGCAAAGCAGUGCCCUCUAUGUAGCAUUCUCUAACUGUUUAAUAAGGGUCCCCCUCGGAAGGUGUGAGCGUCACGGCAAGUGCAAAAAGGCCUGCAUAGCAUCUAGGGACCCGUAUUGUGGCUGGAUGAAGGAAAGUGGGGCAUGCAUGCAGCUGUUACCCGGAACAACACUUGCAUUUGAGCAGGACAUUGAGCAUGGCAAUACCGAUGGCCUGGGAGACUGCCAAAAUUCGUUCGUAGCACUGAAUGACAUUUCAACUACUUCAUCAGAUCAUGAAAUGUCUCACACUACAGUGUAUGGACACUCCAGUUCCCUUGUUCCCAGCACUACCACUUCAGACUCUCCAGCCCAACAGGGCUAUGACGCUAGGGGCCGCAUGCUCGAUUGGAAGGAUCCAGUUGGCUCGUCUGAAAACACAAACCCCUAUGUGGCCGUCUCAUCCCAUAAUCACCAGGACAAGAAGGGAGUGAUUCGGGAGAGUUAUCUCAAAGGGCAUGAUCAACUGGUGCCGGUCACCCUCCUGGCCAUUGCAGUCAUUCUUGCCUUUGUCAUGGGGGCUGUCUUCUCGGGGAUCAUAGUAUACUGCAUCUGUGACCAUCGGCGCAGAGACGUGACCAUUGUGCAGAGGAAGGAGAAGGAGCUGACCCAAUCCCGCAGGGGCUCCAUGAGCAGCGUCACCAAGCUCAGUGGCCUCUUUGGGGACACGCAGUCCAAAGAGCCAAAGCCUGAAGCCAUCCUCACCCCGCUGAUGCACAAUGGCAAGCUUGCUACGCCGGGCAGCACCGCCAAGAUGCUCAUCAAAGCAGACCAGCAUCACUUGGACUUGGCCGCUCUACCAACUCCAGAGUCGACCCCGACGCUUCAGCAGAAGAGGAAGCCCAGCCGCGGCAGCAGAGACUGGGAGAGGAACCAGAACCUCAUCAAUGCCUGCACAAAAGACAUCCCCCCUAUGGCAUCCCCCGUGAUCCCCACAGAUCUCCCCCUCAGGGCUUCUCCCAGCCACAUCUCCAGCGUCGUCGUCCUGCCCAUUUCUCAGCAAGGCUACCAGCACGAGUACGUCGACCAGCCCAAAAUGAGCGACAUGGCGCAGAUGGCUAUGGAGGACCAAAACGCCACCCUCGAGUACAAAACCAUCAAGGACCAUCUCAGCGGCAAAAGCCCCAACCACGGGGUGAACCUGGUGGAGAACCUGGAUAGCAUGCCGCCCAAAGUACCCCAGAGGGAAGCCUCCCUGGGGCCUCCUGGGGCCUCCCUCGCCCAGGGCGGCCUGGGCAAGCGAUUGGAAAUGCAUUCUUCUGCUUAUAACGUGGACUACAAGAGAAACUACGCCACGAACUCGCUUACGAGAAAUCACCAGGCCUCCACUCUCAAAAGGAAUAACACUAAUUCUUCUAAUUCUUCCCACCUCUCGAGAAAUCAGAGCUUUGGCAGGGGGGACAACCCCCCUCCUGCCCCACAGAGGGUGGACUCUAUACAGGUCCACGCUGCUCAGGGUCAGACCGUGACUGUAUCUAGGCAGCCCAGCCUCACGACAUACAACUCGCUGACAAGAUCAGGGUUGAAACGCACACCGUCAUUAAAACCAGACGUACCCCCCAAGCCCUCCUUCUCCCCUCUUUCCACGUCUAUGAAGCCUAACGAUGCAUGUACAUAAUCACCGUGGGGUGGGGGUGGGGAACAGCAGGUGACCAGAGUACGCCGUUACAAAGGCAGUGUUCAGCAACUGCAAUGCUCUUUUUCAACUGACCAGGAAUCUGCCUGAGCCUGAGGAUGCAUUGCUCUCUGGGGGAAAGUGGAAUAUUUUUUAUUUUUUAAGGGAGGGGGAGGGAACAGUUGGGUCAUGCAAUACAUGGUUUGCAACUGUAGGACCCACCCCCGCGAUGCAACAGCUCUUUUACUCAAAAGACUAACCACAAAACAUUGAGCCAAAAGCACACACGUGAAUGAUGACUGUGAUAACUUCACUCAGAAACUGCACAUUGCGCAAUUUCGGAUCUGGGAACUGAGUGCUUUGAAAGCAAAAACGGAAAUGGGGGAAAUGACAACCCCCAAACAAAAGGAAAACGGAAAGGAAGGAAGGAAUUCAUUGAUUAAGCUAACUCUUAACUGAACUCUGGCAGACGUUUACUCUGUGCAGGUACUGUGAAAUGCUCAUCAGUGUUACAGCCAUUUGGUUAUAGCCGAUUGCCAUGUUGGGCAACCCCUCUGUCCUAGGUUUCCGCUCCUCUUCUCUUUUAAUGAAUAACAUGUGACUGUUAACGCAAGUAACUCCUAUUAUUUAUUGUUCAUCCUUUUGUCUUUUUUUUUAUUAUUCCUAAGGAAAUUACUUCUGCAUAUCAUCAUAUGAGCAGCUCUCUCCAGAAGGAAAAAAAAAGCAAAUUACGUUGAAAAUUAUGCCUAUUUAACGUGAAACCCAUUAACUGGAGUAAUUAAAACUCUUUUUAUUUUUCCAAUAAAUUCACUGAGUUAAAUAAGUUGAAGGUGGAAUUCUGAACUUUUGUGUUUGGACUCUCUGAUCUCUUUCUGGAAAAAACAAAACAAAAAAAGGGGGGAGUAUUUAUUUAAAUGUCAGAUAAGCUUGCCUUUCAGCCUCCAUGCAGGGCAGUAGUCAAAGAGAAACCACCCGGUUCCACAACAAGGUUCCUAUCUUCCUACAGUAACUUCCUGCAGCAGCAGCAUUGAAAGCUGCCCUCCUUGGCCCCAUUGCUGUGAAUAUGGUUUUGUCAAUAGCUCAUCAUUUCUGUGAAGGCACCAGCUUUGUUCUCUGCCAUCCCAUUUCACCCUUGCAUGUGAGAUGGCAAACAAAAUCCACAAACGCAGCGGACUCAUCCAUAUGCUGGCUUUUGCCGUGCAUAGCUCACGGUCUUAACCGCACAAGGGCAGGGAGGGGAGAGCGUUGUUCGUCGGUGGAAAACACAUCUGUGAAUGCCCUACUUUCUUCCACAUGUAAAUUUGUGCCUUACGCCCUUCGGUUGUGUAUCUUUGUGAGCUGUCGUGUGUGCCCCCUUUCCCUUUAGAAUAAAUCAAAUAUUUAUUUAUCUCCAUCCUCAAUUACUCCCCUGGAGAAUGUGCACAUUUCAAGGAAGAAUAUUGAGGUUACUGUAGCAGCGACACUCCAGCUCAUCGGAAGGCAAGGCAGUAACAAUGCACAUUGCUUCAGUGUGACUUUUCCAGUUUUGGUUGUCAGACCACCCCUUGGGCUAUGCUGGCAGUAUCAUCGCCGUACUGCGGGCAGUGUUUUCCUUCUACCCGAAUCUUUUCGUAUCCCUUCUGCAUAGUGAUGUAGUCUUACUCACAAACCAGCAAAGAAGUCAUUAAAGGACUGUCAUCAAAAGUCUGGUGUGACAAGUGAAGGCAAGCACUAGGUGCUGUCUGGCAAAGCAAAACAAAAACAGGCACCCUCGCACAGCGUUUAUGUACAGCACAUACAAUGAAAUGGAAAUUAAUAUACAGCAGGCUGGCUCCUGCUGGUUCCCAAUAACAGAAGGAUGCUGCAUAACCCCUUUUUAAUUUUUUAAAAAAGUGGAGGGGCUCCCACUUUGAUUUAAUUUGCUCCCAUUUGUGGGGUUUGAAGUGUGGGUGCACAGUGUGGGUGGGUCUCACAAUUUCUGGGUGGUUCAUGCACAAGCAUGUAUUUUGUUUUUAAUAACUAUGUCAACAUACUGUAGCAAAAGGUGGUGUGUGUGUGUGUGUGUAUGUGUGUUUUAUAUUGCCUGGAUAGAAUGUUUGAGAGGGAGGAUAUAGUUAUUUUGGUUUGUUUUUUCUUUUCUUUUUUAAAAAAUAGAAGGGUUUUUAUACUUCACUUGGAUUUAUUUUGCUGGAUUUGGGAAGGAGGGGGCAUUUUGUUUUUGAAUGAUAAAGAAAGGAAAACUUCUCAAGUUGGUUAGCACAUAGGCGGUCGUUUAGAGAGGCUGGAUGAUCAAAACCAAAGUGUGUAUACCAAGGGUGCUUGCAUUCUCCCUGCUUUCAACUCUGCCUCUUUAACUAAACUGGUUCGUUCGCCAUUCAUGAACUAUGCUUACUGAAGUCAAAGCUGUGUUUCUUGUUGGGGGUUUUUCGUUUGGCUUUGUUUCUUCAUUUCUUCCUAAGCUGCAGGUGGCGGGCGACUCAUCAGCAAAGAAAAGGAGCAAUGCAGUCUUUCCCUCCCCAAGCUCAACCCUCUGAGUUGCGAAGGGCACAGUGGCCCCCUCCCUGCAUCUUAACAAAGCAUUCUGUCAUGAUGUAGAAAUGAAUAAUCACUGCAGCUUUGUACAGAGAUCUCUGCCUUUGUAAUAUACACCCUGACAAAGACUGGGUUAACCUUGAGGUGCCCAUUUUGUACUUGAGUGUGGUGUUUUUUUCCCCUGUCCAGAUCCUUCCCUUGCUCCCCCCCCCCACCUGACACCUCUCCCCACCCCCAUUUUGCGUGAAGAGGUUCUUAGACCUAAGUGUGCCUUUGCUUUCCACUCUUGCUAUACACUGGUUAGACGCAACCAAUUCGGACUCUCAUUUGUUGUAAAGUUGUAAAAUAUUGUGAUGUCACCAAACGUCCCUUCAUCUCCACGUUCCCUUAACAUCUGAUUCACGAUUAAAUGUAUGUUGUUUUAAAAAAAAGGAAAGCAAAAAAAAAAAUGAAUAAAAAUUAAGAUUUUAAAAAUAGAAAAAGAAAAAAAAUGGCAAGGUAAAGGGGAGGGGGAGAGUCUUUUGAUGACAUAAAGUAAUAAAACCAGACUGUUCUACCUUCUAUAUUUUGUCUCCUGGUUCUUCUUUCUUGAUUAGUGCUAAAUAAUACAAAAAUAGAAGCUGUUGUUUUUUAAGUGGAUACCAACAUAAUAUAAUUGGUGGCUCUCUGGGUUGCAGAAGAGCAGCUCUCAGCAAAAUCAUUGGGCUUGCUACGCUAGACAAAAAGUGGCUAGAACUAGAAGCCAAGGUCGCUCCACACACCUGCAGCUCCACAAGUCACAACUCACACUGGUGUUAGGUAGCUGCACAAAAUGCAAAGACUGCACUGAUUAGAUGGGCAGCACAGCAAGACCAUGGUGCGCCAGCCAGGGGUGGAGGAAGGGGGUGCGGUGGGGGUGGACUGCCCCAGAUGUCACCACUGGGGGGUGACAAAAUGCCGGGUGGCACUCACAGCAGGGCCGGCAGCACGCUCGAGCCACACGUCUCUCCUGGGAGAGACGCAGUGGCUUGGGUGCACGCAGGCUCUGCGCUGCCCAAACAAUCCACCCACUGCCUUCCCCCUCAGCUGUAGGGCAGCUAAGUCAGAGGAGGCAGGCAGACUCUGGAGGCCCCGUGCUCGUGCCGCCCCUUGGGCCAGCAGUGGCAUUAAGCAAAGUCCUGCCUCUGUUAACAUGAAAUGGGAUCACCAUUUCCACCCUUCAGACCCAAUGCACAGGAAACACACUGAGACACACAGACUGGGCAACCACAGAACCAUGGGAUUUUAGAGUUGGAAGGGUCUCCAGGGGUCAUCUAGUCCACCCACCCCCCUUUGCAACGCAGGAAUCUCAGCUAAAGCAUCCUUAACAGGUGGCCACUGAUUUGGAAUUUGGAAGCACACAGCUGCCACCCCUUGCCAACCAGGGACCACAUGUUCAUGGGUCACACUAAAAAGUGGGCAGAGAAGAGGCAAUGGGUGAGAAGUACCUAAAACAAAGGUACACAGAGUGAUUGCCAGGUCACAGCAUGUAGGCUGCCAAAUUACCUGUACCGGUGCAAAUGCUCUAGUGCAGUGGUCACCUUCUGCAAACAUCCAUGGGGCCAGUUGCCAUUGUGGUCCAUCCGUGUUCUGGGAGGCUUUUUCAAACCCACAGAUGCACCGACCGGCAUUGAAAGACACAACUGGGAAGGUUUUGCAGGCUAGUAACUUUGGCGGACUCAUUUGCAAGGCUGAUAAAAUACAAGCCAUUGUGGUGGUGGUGGUGAAGAAUGGAGGGACUCAACAUUUUCCAUAGAAACAGUAACAAUGCAUUAAAACCUACCCCAUUAGAACGAUCCUUACAUUUUUAUGACAAAAAGGUUCCCAAACCCUGCUACUAAUCAGAUAUGGUGACAUGCUACCCACGAAUAAACAAAAUUGCUAACUUCUUAUUAGUUCCAGAAAUGUGAACCACUUUUUUUAAAUUUAUGAUUUCAUUUUGCUAGCCUGAUCCAAAGACCCAGAGAAAUAUUCCUGUACACACACACACAGCAUUUGGGGGGUUGGUGUAUGGAAGAACACAGUUUUCUAGAUAAUCUGUAGAAGGAAUGAGAAAUCUGUGGCCCUCCAGGUGUUAUUGGACUAUAAUUCCCAUCCUUUCUGACCACGGGUCAUGCUGGUUGGGUCUGAUGGGAGAUGACACGUAACGGACCACCGGUUCCCCAUUCUGGUAACUGCAUCAACAUUCUCUCCUGAUAAAAAGUACACAACCAUUUUCUGGAUGUGCUGUCGCUUUCCAUUUUCAGUGGCAGUUCUACUCAGAGCACAACUGUUGAACUCUCUCCCACCCCACACAAAGCGGCAUGUGCAAGUUCCCGCAUGAGCUCAAUUGGCCAAAGGUUACAUUUGGAAGAGGGGGGACCAAAAGUGGCAUUCGCUUCUUAAAGACCUACUUGGUUCACGGUUUUAUUCUUUGCCCACCAUCUUGCUCUAUGUGUACUGAGCUCAUUUGUCAUCAUCAUUGAUGAGGUACUUCUGUGCUGGCACAGUCUUUCAUCAGAUUUCUUGACAUGUGAAAUAGCCCGUAAAGACUUUUGCCAAUACAACUCAUAGAUGACCUGGAAUACAACAGACUAGGCUACAGUUCCAAGUGGAGCAUACACCCCCAAAACUGCAGUUGGGAAUGGUAAGUGAACUUAAUUAUUUUGCUUAGCACCCUCUUUCCUCAGUGCCUCAUAACCACCACCAAUGAAUUUAUGUUCAUAGUAUUCCAAAUCUUCAACACAGUCCCAUAAGUUCAAAAUUGUGAGAUUUAGGGAGAGAAAACUGCUGUGCCCAUCUCAACAGGUGGAGUUAAUGUUGCUUUAACUGUGGCACACAAGGCAUUCCAUCAAAGCACCUAUUUUCUUGUGUGUUAUAAUUGUUACAUUUAAGACUUCCAAACUUGUACAACACUGCUGUGUCUGCUUUCUACACCCUUUCGUGCCAUAUCAUCCAUACCAUCCCUCUGAGAGGAAGAUGUACUUCAGCUCUCUUCAGCUGUAACCUUUAGGUAUUAAAACCAGUAGCCUCGAACACAGGUGCUCAGUUUUGCAAGUUUGGGACUUUAAAUGCCAGUGCUCUCCUGCAGCAACAUGGGCAGCAGAAGCCAACUAUGACUGCAUAAGCAGAGAAAGCUGCAUAGAGUCCCUUACGUGGCCCUUCUCAAGGUAAGCAUCUCUGGCAUAGAUUGCUCCCGCCUUCUGUGCCAGUAUUUAAUGCCGUCAACUAUGCAGCACUUUGAUUUCAGAGCCAGAUGAGAUGCAGGCAUAUCCAAGUGGUAAAUUCCUUUUGGUUGUCCUGUCAGGGCCAAAUUCACCCUUAAUUCAAUAUCCAUUAUCACUUGGAAGUCUUGUAGUCGCUGUAUCAUCUGGAUUUCAAAUUAAUUUCUCCAGACACUUUGGAACAAGAAUGACUUUCAGAUGCUCUCUGUUUACCAAACAUACUGUUCCCUUUGUAACAGAGGAGGACGACAGCCACGUUUUUGCUCUUAAAGCAUUUCUGAGCUGUUCUAGAAGCGGGAUGAUGACUUUUGCUUCAAGAAGAAAAGAGAAAGUAUUCCCCUGCACCACCACCCCACCGCAGCCCCCCAAAGGUGGUUAAACCAUUUGAGUUGUUGCUUAGAGUAUAAUUCAGAAAUGAUGGCAAUGAAGCCAAUGUUGUUGAAAAGAGCAGCUCAGUACUGCCACGAAGACCAGCUUCGGAUGGUACCAAAUUACACGUCAGGCAGACUUUCAUUAUACUGUGAAGACAUGCAAUCGGCCUAUAAUAUAGUACAUACUGCAGUGAAAUUAUGAGUAUGAGUUGUAUCUGAUGUGAAGUAGCUGCAGUUCAUAACUGAUGAGCCAACCAAAAACUUUCCUGCUGGUUUUAGUACGAAGGGCGGGUGCCAGGAGCCAAGGAAGGCCACAUUGUUUUCUGACCUUCACAGUUUGAGGCAAAGUCCCUUCCGCCAUAGGAGGAGGGGAGAUUGUAGGCACCACGAAGCCUACACAUGAUGGAGAAAUGGUUGCAAUUCCCCCCCAGCCCACUGGCUGGCUCCCGGCCGCGGCGCUCCCUUGGCGCAUCCAAUCGGAACGCUCCAAGGGGGCACGGCUCACUGAUUUAAGCAAGCACACGGGAAGGAAUCGGCCUCUCUCUCUUUCACAGGACCCCCCAGCUGCUGUGUUUUUCCCGCCCACUUUAGGCAAGUUUCUCCUCAGACAUUGCUAUGGACUUUGGUUGGUCGCCGUUGAGGGGCCUGGUAGGAAUUUUUCCACUUGGCAAAUUGGCUCUGGCCUGGUGGUUUUCGCCUACCUCGUAGCAACUUGUCACAACUUUGGUUUUGGCUGUAGGCAUUGGAUUAUCUCUGAAAGGUUACAGGUGGGGGGGGGAGGUUGCUGCCAUCACCUCCCCCAAAAUGCUGAAGGGUACUCCCCUAAGGAGUCCAGGGCAUGGCCAUGUCCGAAGCCGUGGUAGGUAAGGGCUUAAGGCCUAGUGGUGGCCCCGGGGUGAGUUCCUAGUUGAUCUGCAUUGCAGGGCUCACCCAAUGGUGGUUAACCCUUCAAAGACUGCCAGCAGAGCGGGCUGGAAUCGGAUAUAGACGGUUAGAUCCAAUGCCUAAGCCAAUACCUAUCUGCAACCGUAAUCAAUAAAAUUGUGGCCUUAUACACCCAUUAACCUUAUGCAAUGCGUCUUGCGUCUUUAUUUAUUCCGGGGAUGGUUCAGGGUAUCGCCACACAAUAUGCUUCUUGAUUCUAGUUGCUGAGAAUCGCAAGUAGGAAGAGAGUUGUCACGCUCAGGUCCUGCUUGUGAGCUUCCCGUACACAUGUGGUUGGCAGCCAUGAGAACAGAAUGCUGGACUCAGUGGGACUUCGGCUUCCUAUGUUCUUUACCUCUUGGAGUGGGUGAGGCUGUGGGAGUACAUAAAGGAACUGUUUAUAAAACUGGUUGGCGUGGAGAGAGAGAACUCCAGCCAAAGGUGACAGAGAAGUAACCUCUAUUCUCUCACAGGGGCCAUUCCCCAUAGGCUUUGUGUGAUGAUAGAUCAGCACAUCUAAUUCCUUUACCACACAAAGGAACCCUAAACAGAAUUAUCAACCGAUUUGUUUGGUUCCAGUUUCAAGGAAAGCAGAAUAGACAGGCCCUAGCAUUCUAGGUCAUCUGCUUACAAGCACUGAGCACUACCCCAGGCAGCCGAGAAACUGCAUUUCAACACACACACACCAAAAAAACCCAUC